UGUUUCAUUAUUGCUCAGUGUGUGGCUGGAGCGGGUGCACCGUUUGGAGAGGAAAUCCUUCUAUCAGUGCAGGCACUGCAGCAGCACCCGCACCAAAGGGAUGCCAGCAGUUCCCCUGCUGCAGAGACAAACAAGACAUCAAACAACCUUCAGCCCAGAGUCCACUUACCACUGGUACAAACAGAUCAAUAACUUGCAUGAAAUUUAUCAAUACGUGGCUUCGGGCAGCACAAUGUGUGCUAAACUCUAGCACUGGCCCAGGGACGGGGACAUCCAGCCUCUCAGUCCCCAGCUCCCUUCACCGACCCCUGGCUCCCCUCAAUCCCCGGCUCCCCUCAGUCCAGGCUGGUCUCACAACCCUGGGCUCCUUUCACCGAGCUACCCCCCUCACUGACCCGCGAUUCCCCUCCCCGCCCUUCAGCCCCGGCUCCCCUCACCGGCCCCUCGGUCCCCAGCUCCCCUCGCCGCCCCCGCAGCUGCGGUUCCUCUCAGCCCCCGGUUCCCCUCAGCCCGGUUCCCCACACCGACCCUCGUUUCUCCUCACUAAGCCUCAAUCCCCGGCGACCCUCACAGCGCCCAGCCCCGCUUCCCCUCAUGCCCGCGGCCCCGCCGCAGAGGGAGCGCGCUCGCCGCGCCCGCCCGCCCGUGCAGUUCGUGUACGUGAGCAGCUUCGGUUCGCACCGCAGCAGCGCCGUGAUCCACCUGGGCCGGGGCCGCUGGCAGAGCCCCGGGCAGAGCUCCCCGGGCCGGGCUGGGGCCCCGAGGGCCGCCCCGGAGCCGCGGGCCGGGCCCAGCCCCGAGGGGCGAGCGGGGAGCGGCGAGGGCAGAGCCGGCAGCCGCAGCAGCAGCGGUGACCCUCAAGAGGCUAAGGCUGACGUUUUUGACUUUCCUGUCCCUUCAAGAAACGUUGAUAAAGUCAUUAAACGAAAGAAGAAAAAGUCCAAAGUCUGGCACAAGGUAUGGAAAGUGAUUUCAAGAAUGCUUGAGGAAAAUGAAAGGUUCAGAAGUCGACUGAUGACCUGCAGCCGGGUUGAUGGAGAAGGCUCUGACACGAUCCAGAGGUCACAGAAUGGGGCAUACCUGGACAGGGAUGAGUCCAUCUUUGGCUGGGUUUAGCAAGAAAAGAAAGGAAGAUUCAGCCCCAAAGGAAAUAUAAACAAAGUGAAAGCUUUUAUUUUGAUCUAGUUCUUCCUGGAGUCAGUGCAAAGCUGCAAAGUGACUUCAGGGAACACAGGUUCUCUGUUGUUUACUUGGUGUUUGUGCUUCUGCUGUUUAAGAGGUUUGUUUUUACAGUGGCUUAAACAGCUCUGUUGCAAGAUAUUUAUCUCAAACCAUUAAGUCUGGUGUUUCACUGAGCUAUUAGUUUUAGAAAGCUUUUUAAUGAGCAUAAUAUUGUGACAGUUUGCUUGCAAAAGAAGAGAUACACAUUUACUGUUGUCUCUGUAUUUAUAUCUUUUAUUUUUGUAGCUUGUCAGAAUAAUAAACACAAAUUCAGUAAGGCAGUACUCCACACAAGACAUAAAGCCCACUUUCCUUUUUUCCUGGUUUGAAUAAAUUUGGCUUUAUGAUAUUAAAAUAUUACACAAUAACCCUCUCUGUUUUUUCAUCCAUUUAUACAUGAAUCUCAGCAAGUAUUUAGAAUAUGAAACCAAGUGAAUGUUUUCUCUCUCCUGUUCAUCCUGAGGUUCAUAAUGGUAUCAUCACAAUCGGGAGUUGUUGUUUAUCUACCUGACUUCAAUAACACAAUAUAAUUUUCUUCUGUUCUGCAGCUUAAUACUUGAACCCUUGAUUGACUGUUAAAGCCAUUUUAGCCAGCAAAUUGUGUAAAUGGAACAUGAAAACUGCAUAGAAAUAGUUAUGUAUACGGGGUUCAUCUCAGGAGUAAAACAUUCACCUGUCACAAAGAGACGUCUUUGCUUUCAAUAAAAGGAUUGUUUUCUCCUGCCAUAAUGUCUUGGUGUUUGCAGAUAUAAUGACUGCAGUGUCAGGGUGUUGAGCUUUAAUAACAUGCUGGUGAUUGUGUCAUUAGACAGCAAAGCACUUGGAAAGGUUUCAUCUCUGUUUUCUUCCUGGUAAAACUGCAAGUGUGGAACUGGAAUGUGCCUUUUCAGGGACAGCUGCGGCAUCAAGGUUCUCUUCUGCUUUGUGGUUGGGUAAUAUUCGGAUUUUACUUAAAAUAGUUGACAUUUCAGCUUGGAAAAGGAAAUGGGAAGGAAAAGUAUUCAAUCAAGAUGUGAUCAUUUUUCUGGCAGAGCAAAAAUGUCACAGUUCUUUGGUAUUUUCAAAACACGUGUUUAGAGACACAUGUGAGAUUUUGGGGUGGUUGAGGUUUUUUUUUUACUAAAUGAGAUGAUCUCCCUGUCUCCACAGUUCUAUCAAUGAAAUGUCUGCAUUGGGAAUAUUUAGUCAAUAAACCUGAUUUGUAAAUUGUA